AUCUGCUUUUUUGAGUUUCAAUUCGGUUCAGUAUGGUUCCUCGCAAGGAACCAUAUACAGCCCUAUUUUUUUAUUAGAGAACGCAGAGGGCUCUGCAAAAUAAAAUUUCAAAUGUCGCCUAACAAGCGGGAAAAAUGAAAGCCGAAGUGAUUCAGUUCCCCUUUUUGAAGUUUUAACAACCCAAGCAAGCAAACGACACUACGGAUGGUUUCUUCUUUCUAAUACUUCACUCUUUCCCCUCUCUCUACUCUUCUCUUUUUCUCUGCUACUUUGCAAGUAAUAAAUAAGAGAAAAUGGCCGAUGACCGGAAAAGCAACCGGAAACCCGUUAGCUUAAACGAUAGCCAUUAUCGCCUUCUCCAAGACCUGUCUGCUCCCCCCAAACCAUCCUCCCCUCGUGAGGAAGAUGGGAAACCAUACAAGAUGAAGAUCGAAGGACGAAAUCGUCUCUGCAAAGCAUCGGCCAUGGAAACCCACCAGAUUGUCGUUAUUGAUGGUGAUGACAAUAGCAUCCCUCGAUUCUCUGGCAUCACUGAUUUCGACUCUUCCUCUGGAGAAAAGCCAACAAAGGUUAAGAUAGAAGGGAGACGUCGUCUUUGCAAAGUCUCAUCCCGAGACGAGGAAAAAGCUGUACAAAAUGAACCCAGUUUCUCUGAUAUUACUGAUUUUGAUUCACCUCUGCCAUCUAAAAGUAUGGUUACCAGUCACAGUAAUCAGGGUGCUAAUGAAAUCAGGGAUAUUCUCAAUGACUUGAGCUCCAGGCUAGACCUUUUGUCAAUUGAGAAGAGGAGAGAAAUUGACAAGGUGGCUGAUGAUCGUCCAAAAUUGGUAGGGGGUUUAGUAGAUAGAGAGGAUAAAGUUGACUUGCCUGAAUAUGCUAGUGCUGGCUCCUCAUUUUCAGGUGCAUCUGAUUCUUCAUCUGGUAAUAAGAUUGUUGAUGGUGACAUCAAAAGUGUUGAGGACGGAUGUGGUGAGAGUCGUUUGUUGAGCAAGUCCAGAGGUGAUUAUUUGCAUGAGGCCAGAAAUUACUGUAGAGGGCCACCAGACAAUGAAUAUGGAAGGGUUGAUAAUAAAUUGUUGACAGCUAGAGAUUCUGUUGUGUCUAAUGUUGAAGAUGAAGUGGAAAGUGAUGUAAGAAGUGAGUCUGAGGGUGAGAACUAUGUCACUAGGGAUUGGAAAACUAAGAAAAGUACUCAAACACUGAAGAAAAAUGAACCCAAAAGGGUGGGUGAGAGAUUAAGGUUUGCAGGAAGAUCCUUUGUGUCUACCCUUAGGAAUGAAGAGGAGGAGGAGGAGGAUUGUCUGAUUUUGAGUGGCAAAGAAGUGGUUCAAGAAGCUGGGAGGAAUUGCGGCAAUCACAAGGAGCCAUCUAAUUGCUCUAGUGCAAUUGAUGUGUCAGAUGAUGCAGAUAGUUCGGUUUUGGAGGAUGAGGGUUUCAUUACUUUGGCUGGUCCAAGGUGUACGUAUAAACUACGAAGCAAAAUUGCAAAAAUGUUGUAUCCACAUCAGCGUGAUGGAUUGAAGUGGCUGUGGUCUUUGCACUGUCAGGGUAAGGGUGGAAUAUUAGGAGAUGAUAUGGGUCUGGGGAAGACAAUGCAGAUCUGUGGCUUCCUAGCGGGAUUGUUUAAUUCGAAGUUAAUCAAGAGGGCAUUGGUUGUGGCCCCUAAAACAUUACUUUCUCAUUGGCUUAAAGAACUAUCUAUUGUUGGGCUUUCUGGAGCAACUAGAGAAUACUUUGGGACAUCUGUGAAGGCUCGACAAUAUGAGCUGCAAUACAUACUUCAGGAUAAAGGUAUUCUUCUUACCACCUAUGAUAUUGUGCGAAAUAACUCAAAAUCCUUAAGAGGAGAUCGCUACUUUGCUGAUGAGGAAAGUGAGGAUGGAUACACAUGGGAUUAUAUGAUACUUGAUGAGGGGCAUCUUAUAAAAAAUCCUAGCACACAGAGAGCAAAAAGUUUGCUUGAGAUUCCAAGUGCUCAUCGCAUUAUCAUUAGUGGCACACCAAUUCAAAACAAUCUUAAGGAAAUGUGGACUUUGUUCAACUUCUGUUGCCCUGAUCUGCUUGGUGAUUACAAGUGGUUUAAGGAAAAAUAUGAGCACGCCAUUCUUCGCGGCAAUGAAAAAAAUGCUUCUGAUAGGGAGAAGCAUAUUGGCUCAACUAAAGCAAAGGAGCUAAGAGAGCGUAUUCAACCUUACUUUUUGCGUCGCUUGAAGAAUGAAGUAUUUAAGGAAAAUGAUUCUACAACUGCCACACUUUCCAAAAAAAACGAGAUGAUAGUGUGGCUAAGGCUUACUACUUGUCAGCGACAACUUUAUGAAGCCUUUUUGAAGAGUGAGCUGGUUUUAUCAGCUUUUGAUGGCUCACCACUUGCUGCAUUGACGAUUCUGAAGAAAAUAUGUGACCACCCACUUCUCUUGACAAAAAGAGCUGCUGAGGAUGUGCUUGAAGGAAUGGAUUCAAUGCUAAGUCCAGAAGAUGCUGAUCUAGCAGAAAGAUUGGCAAUGCACGUUGCUGAUGAAGCUGAGAGAACUGACUUUCAAGAGAAGCAUGACAACAUCUCAUGCAAGAUAUCUUUUAUACUGUCACUAUUGGAUGAUUUAAUUCCAAAGGGGCAUAAUGUUCUUAUCUUCUCGCAAACUCGCAAGAUGCUUAAUCUUAUCCAGGAAUCCCUAGUGUCUAACAAUUACAGGUUUUUACGCAUUGAUGGCACCACUAAAGCUAGUGAUAGAGUGAAGAUUGUUAAUGAUUUCCAAGAAGGUGUCGGGGCUCCUAUAUUCCUCCUAACAUCCCAAGUUGGUGGUCUUGGCCUUACACUUACAAAAGCAGAUCGGGUCAUUGUGGUUGAUCCUGCAUGGAAUCCAAGCACUGAUAACCAAAGUGUUGAUCGUGCAUAUCGAAUUGGCCAAAAGAAGGAUGUCCUCGUGUAUAGAUUGAUGACAUGCGGAACAGUUGAAGAAAAGAUAUACAGAAAGCAGAUAUUCAAAGGGGGAUUAUUUAAAACUGCAACUGAACACAAGGAACAGAUCCGGUACUUCAGCCAGCAGGAUUUACGGGAGCUAUUCAGCCUCCCAAAGCAGGGGUUUGAUAUUUCCCUUACGCAACAGCAAUUACAUGAAGAGCAUGACUGGCAGUAUAACAUGGAUGAAUCAUUGGAAGCCCAUGUAAAGUUCUUGGAAACUAAAGGUAUAGCAGGAGUUAGUCACCACAGUUUACUCUUCUCCAAGACAGCACCUGUACAAGUUGAAAAUGUAGAAGAGGAAGAGAUAAGGCAAAAAGGGACGAGAUUUGUUGGAAAUUCAUCAAAUCAUUCACUUGAGCAGAAUAUUGAUGGGGCCUUGCAUGCUUUCAAUCCAAAGGAUGUAAAACUAAAUAAGAAAAACGCUUCUCCUGAUAGUGUUGGUAAACUGUCUGAAUCUCAAAUCAAAGAGCAGAUCAAUCGGCUGGCACAAAUACUGGGGAAUAAGGUUACUGUUUCAAGAUUACCAGACGGUGGGGCAAAAUUGCAAAAGCAGAUUUCAACACUGAACUUGGAGCUUGAAAAGAUAAAGAUGGAAAAAACAACUCAGCAAGAAAUCAUUGAUCUCGAUGAUCUCACUGGGGAACUUCAGAGAACGUUGAAUGUAGACCAACGCUGUUGAUUUUGAAGCUAAUGAAUGCUUUUUGAAGGAGGUCGAAAGCUUACUGUGCAAAUUUUGGACAUAAUUUACUCUGAUAUUUUCACCAGCUUAAAGUGCAAAAUGGGAAGAGAGAAUUAUAGAAAACGUAAAGGAGGAGACUGACAUUUGUAAGGGUGUAUUUGACAUUCUUGUAUGAACUGAUGUAGAAAAGAACACUUUUAAAGUGAAUUUAUUUUGAAUAUUACACUAAAAUUUUCUUAUGUUUUGUCUC